CUUACAGAUCAAGUCUUGUAGGUUGGCUGUUUUAUAGACAAAGACUCCAAACAUUAUUCCUUCAAUUCAGCAGAAUUACAUUGUGAUUGGAGUCACUUUCCUCUAAUCAAGCAUCUUCUUUACUCAUUUUAUAGACUGAAACAUCUUUUACAAUUCCAAUUUCUCACACAUUUGUCUUUCUCCUUUGUUUCUAUUCUCCAACAGUAAUAGACAAAAUCUUCUCUGAUCUUCCAACUUACACACAAUCUUUCAACUCCAUGAAACUUCAAUAAAUGUUCAUCAGACUCACUUUCAUUUUGUAUCACUCUAUAUCAGAAAGACUAUCAAAAGUGUUCUUUCUUUCUGUUCCUUUCUGUUCUCAACUUCUGAAUCAAAAUCAACCACAUAUUUUCAGUCCUUAAAGCCAUAUUGUUUUUCUGUUUGCUCCCAAUUCUGUUUACAUCUUUUUGUGUGUUGUCAUGUGCUCAGAAACAACUCCACCUCGUCUCUCUUUCUCUCAUGAUCUCUCCGAACUACAAGUUUCUCCGAUGAAACAAGAUGUUACAUUGUUGCAUGACUCAAAUUCUGAUUUUGAGUUCAACACUUGCAGCAGCAGCCUCGCGUUUGAAUCAUCUUCUGCAGAUGAACUUUUCUCUAAUGGGGUGAUCCUUCCGAUUCAGAUGCAACACAAAACCACUGCAAGAAAACUCACUCAUCAUUUGGAACAUCCUCACACAACAAACACAACAAAACUCCCUCCUCGUCCGUGUGCCUCGAGUGUCGACAAAGUGAAGAAAGAAACCAUUAGAGAACUCCUAGAUGUGACUCCUGAUCAUGAGAAGAAGCCUCAUUCGAAGUCUUUCUGGGGAUUCAACAGAAGUAAGAGUCUGAAUCGUGAUACAAAGAAGAACUUGACAUGCUCUAUAUCUCUUUUGUCAAGAAGCAAUUCAACAGGUUCAGUGACAAAUCCAAAGAGAGUGAGUUCAAACAAGCAUUCUUCAGCAGCUAAAUCAUCAUCAUCAUAUUCAUAUUCUUCCUUAAAUAUGCAUCCUUUGCAGAAAUCUCCUUCAGGUAAGGGUUAUGGAGGGUAUUAUCCCAACGGGCUUAGGAUUAAUCCUGUGUUGAACGUACCAACUCCUUGUGUUACAAAGGGAAGUACAAAUCUCUUCAGUUUGGGUUCAUUUUUACGCGUUGGGAAGGUUAAGAAGAGCAAGAAAUGAAUUUCUCUUGUGUUUUCAUCGUCAUCGUAAUCAUGUCAUGAAAUCAUCUUGGUUUAUUUUUUUAUCAUAGUCAUCGUUUGCUAUGAUCAGACAAAGAAAGUGAGAAUUAAUAAAAGGCUAAUUACUGGAUCGCAUGAUAAUCAAUGAAGUUGAUUAAGCCAUAUGCAGAUAAUGAUUAAAUAUCAGUAUUAGAAACUGAAAUAAUAUAUUGUAACAUAUCAUGGAUCGAAUUUAGAUUCUCUGUUACUCUGUUGUAUUGUACCUUUAAAAUACAUUAUCAACAUUAAUUUUGAUGUUUUAAAAUAUAUUAAAAUGAUUUUUAAUAUAUCAAUAUCAUUGUAUUUUGAUGGAUCUAGUGGAUGGCAUGGCCAUAAGAGGGUGUCCAUCUUGGGAGACAUAACAAUGGGAGUUUGUCUUAUUUUGUUUUCUUCUGUGAUUCCUCACUACUUCUAAAUAUGGA